AUGUACUACAUGCUUGAUACCAGAGAAGGCGAGCGGGCAGUGUAUCGUUUAGUCACAGCGCGUCAUCGCCCAAGGUUGGAUAUGGAACACACCAAGACCGUUAAGGGAGCUGAUGGAGCCGUUCUGCGCCGCUCUGGUCAGAUCCUUGAGAGGUGGCGAGAGUACUCCAAUCACUUGUGUAACGAAGAGUUCUGUCAUCCUCCGAUCCCAACUGUUCCCAGCGUCGAGGGUCCUGUUCUAUCAAUUACUGCCGUCGAAGUCGGUGCUGCCCUCGCAAAAAUGAAGUCGAACAAGGCAACCGGUCCUGAUGACAUACCUGCUGAUGUGUGGAAGCUGCUAGGAGAUCGAGGGUCCGUGUGGCUCGCAACUCUAUUUAACAAGAUCGUUGCAGAAGGACGGACUCCAGACGUUUGGCAAACUUCCGUGACCGUGCCUGUCUGGAAAGGGAAAGAAGACAUUUCUGACUGCAUUUCGUACAGGCCUAUACGACUGCUGUGCCAUACGAUGAAGGUUUUUGAGCGCGUCCUGGAAGCUCGUCUGAGGAAAAUUGUCAGCGUUUCACUCAACCAGUGCGGUUUUGUGAAGGACUGCAGCACUAUAGAUGCUAUCCAUGCUGUCCGUAUCCUCCUGGAGAAACAUCGAGAGAAGAACCGCAGUGUGCAUCUUGCUUUUCUCGAUCUCGAGAAAGCUUUCGACGGUGUCCCUCAUGAGCUGUUAUAG